GAUGUAUUAUCAAAUCGAAAAUCCCAAAUAUUACAUUAGUUGUCCUACAUCUUCAAAAAUUACAUCGGCCAUCGUUACAUUUUUUUUUGCUGUGUACGUACACGGCGAAUCGGCUACAACGGUGGGCACUAACCUUACUCUUGUAUGAUUUCAGCAUCACGUACAUCAAUACAGAUAGCUUCGGGUAUGCCGAUAUUCUCUCCAGGCUGAUUAACAAGCACACUCGGCCAAAUGAGGAUUACGUGAUUGCAUCCAUCGAGUUGGAAGAUUCUAUGAAUGAAAUCGUCAAGCAAUCUCUAGAAUUUCUUCCAAUCACAUUCAAGGUAGUGCAGCGAGAAACACGAUGCGACGAAAUUUUGCAGGAGGUUUACAAGUUUGUGCAGCAAGGUUGGCCAUCGAAUACAUCUGACAUUUGCUCUAAAUUACAACCAUUUGUACAACGUCGAGCAAGUCUUUCCAGCGUGGGGCAAUGUCUUAUGUACGGAGAGCGUCUAGUAAUUCCAACCAAGCUGCAACCUAAAGUGCUUCAGUUGCUUCACAAGGGGCACCCUGGCAUCGAGCGAAUGAGGUCAGUCGCCAGAAACUAUGUUUAUUGGCCAGGGAUCGACGAUCAAAUAGCACAACGAGUCAAGGCUUGCAUCGAGUGCUCUAAAGCAGCAAAAACCAACAUCAAAACGAAUCUGCAAAGUUGGCCAGCACCUGAGCGACCGUGGCAGCGCAUUCAUGCUGACUUUGCUGGCCCCGUCGAUGGAAAUUUUUUCUUGAUCGUGGUAGAUUCGUACAGCAAGUGGCCUGAGGUUAUCCCGACGAAACGAAUCUCUACCGCAGCGACACUCAACAUGUUUCGAGAAAUCUUCGCCCGGCAUGGUAUGCCGGAAACACUAGUGACCGACAACGGAACCCAGUUUACUAGUGAAUGCUUCGAACGCUACUGUGAGUCCAACGGCAUUUUGCAUCUGCGCACUCCACCAUACCACCCACAGUCGAAUGGGCUCGCCGAUACAUUCAAGCGAGGAAUGAAGAAAAUAACAACGGGGGGAGAGGCCCUUCGUGAAGCUAUCGACACCUUUCUCCUGUGUUACCGCUCUACCCCGUGUCGUAGCGCACCUGCUGGUAAAUCGCCUGCAGAGCUGUUGGUAGGCAGGAAGCUGCGUACCGCACUGGACUUGUUAAAACCUUCUGCACCACCAACACAGUCCAACCAUUCUGCACAGGAGGCUCAAUUUAAUCGGAAGCAUGGUACGAAGUCGAUCAACUACGAUGCCGGGGAUUUGGUCUGGGCAAAACAACAUCGAAACAAUGCCUGGACAUGGGAAGCUGGCCGAGUCAUCGAGCGUGUUGGCCAUGUCUUAUACAACGUCUGGCUGACAGAUGGCCAGCACCUAGUGCGCUCACACUGCAACCAACUUCGUAAGCGAAACUCUCCAGACCAGCCCGACCAACAACAAUCUUCGGAUUCAGUUCGCCUACCACUUGACAUUCUGUUGGGUUCCUGCGGAAUGAAUCGAGCUGAAACCGAAUCCACAACACCUGCGCCGGAAAAAGGUUUAUUUCCGGGAAUCAUCCAGCCAACAGGAAAUGCAUCACUGUCAGCUGUUCAGCCACCAGGUGUACGUCGUCGUCAUUCUACAAUUCCCCAAAACGCUACUACUCAGCAAGAACAAGUGCAGCCUCGCCUCUUCUCGUGUAAGAAGAGCACCCGUGAGGUAUGCACCUUACCAGUUUUAUUGAAGGGGGAGAUGUUGGGAGGAGGCCCACCCUACGACACCAUCAUCAACCAUCAUCAUCAGUGGGGCUCAUCGACUGACGGACUGUCAAAAGCCUGAUGCUCCCACACGGAAGUGAUAAUAAGAAGAUAAGCCAUAGAAUAGUUCUCUUUAUAUUUGUCCGCCAAAGUCUUAACACGCUAUUUU